UUAUAUGAUUAUAUCAACUCAACUCACCACUCUAUAGCAGGGUUUUCUUCUUCGUCGUCUUCUUUCUCAAAUUCGCUAAUUAGGGUUUUAGCAGCAAAAUCAAUUUUCGCAAAUCUGCAGCAAAUUUCAAUUUCUAAGCAGCAACAAUGGCGAGCACCAAAGUUCAGAGGAUUAUGACCCAGCCUAUCAACCUGAUUUUCAGGUUUCUUCAAAGCAAAGCUCGUAUCCAGAUUUGGCUGUUUGAGCAGAAGGAUGCUAGGAUUGAAGGCCGUAUCAUUGGAUUUGAUGAGUACAUGAAUUUGGUUUUAGACGAUGCAGAAGAGGUUAACGUCAAAAAGAAGACCAGAAAAUCACUUGGGAGGAUCCUUCUGAAAGGAGACAAUAUCACUCUGAUGAUGAAUACGGGAAAGUGAGGACCAGCUGAUAUGCAUUUGGUCAAAAAUAUUAAAUUUGCAAACUGCUCACCUGCCUUGGAAGUUUUGUGUAUUAAUGUAGGAUGCCCUUCUAGCAUUCCCUUGUAUAGUUGAAUACUUCGUAUGAAGUGGAUUUGACGGAUGUCUUUGUUCGUGUUUAAUAGAAUUUCAUAUGGUUGAGUUUCUAGUGGUAGAAUCCAAUUUGGGGCAAUUUUCUCUGCUUUACCAGUUUAUGUAUGUCUAUGAUUUAUUGGAGAUGUCUCGAGUCAUAAGCUCAUAGCAUGCUCAAAGUAAUCUGACACUAGGAUUUGAUAAUUUGAAUCUCUUGAAUUCUGUAUA